AUGUGGAGGCCAAAAACUCACACUUUUGUAUUGUUGGUGGGUGAGGUUACUAUGCCACUAGAGAAUGUCGCACAUAUAUUUGACCUACCCAUUUAUGGAGAGCCUGUGAACGGAUGGACAGAUAGUAGUAGCGUCUUCCUACAGAGCCAGAGCAUCACGAUAUUUGGUCAUGAACUAGAAGUCAGUAGUUUUUCGAUGUCCUAUAUAAAGUUGGGUUGGCUUCGACGUAUCAGAGAUCCAGAGCCGUUGGACACUAAGGAGUCUACUAGAAGAUAUGUCAGAUGCCAGAUUUUUUAUUUGUUGGGUUCGACUCUAUUCACAGACAAGUUGAAUGCAUAUGCCCACGCGAAGUAUCUACCAUUGCUUCGCGACUUCGAGCGGAUCCAUACUUAUAGUUGGAGGUCAGCAUGUCUCGCACAUCUUUACAAAGCACUAUGUCAUGCAUCACGAUAUGAUACAAAGGAGAUGGAUGGCCCUCUUAAUCUGUUGUUUGUUUGGGCAUGGGAGCGAAUACCCUGUAUUACGCCCGUACCGAGAUAG